CCAUGAUAAGAUUGACGUGCAAUGUGAGUCACUUAAUCGAAUGAUUUGACAAAACACUGGCAGUUGUACAUAGGUAUUAGAGGGGAAACAAUACUAAUCAGACCACAGCGCAUUCUCCAUACAGUUAGUAAAUAGGUUACAAAAUGGCUGACGACAGCGGUUCUGACAGUUUUGAGGAUGAGGGAAUCAGUAGUGAAGACAUCUUAGACGUUAUAGAAUUCGAAGAAGAUGAAAACGAAAAUCCUGAAGCAUUAGCCGGUGAGAUGGGAGAGAUGGACCUGGAACCAGGUGACCAUGGCAACUUUAGUGAAGAUGAUGAUGAUGAUGAUGAUGGUGCAAUGGCAGGAAUAGAUGAUCUUCCAGAUGACGCUGACGUCUGUUUUAAAGAGCAUUCUGCAUCGGUAUUUUCUUGUGAUGUUGACCCCAAAACAAGCUCCCUUGUUGUAACAGGAGGGGAAGAUGACAAGGCAUUUGUAUGGAACAUUUCUGAUGGACAAAAAGUAUUUGAAUGUACAGGUCAUAAAGAUUCUGUUACAUGUGUCGCCUUCAGUAGCGACUCUGAACUUCUCGCGACAGGGGAUAUGAGCGGGGUAAUAAAAGUGUGGAAAAUUGCAAACAAGUCUGAGAUAUGGUCAUUUGAUUGCUCUGAUUUAGAGUGGAUAACAUGGCAUCCAGUGGCUCAUGUACUGUUAGCCGGUACUGCUGAUGGCAAUGUAUGGAUGUGGAAGAUACCUACAGGGGAUUGUAAGACCAUGCAAGGACCAGGACUGCAAACUACUACAGGAAAAAUAUUACUUGAUGGUAAAAGAUGCUGUGCUGGUUACGAGGAUGGAUCUUUACGGGUGUGGGAUUUGAAAGAUGCCAGUGUGUCACAGUCUUUCACAGGGCAAUCAGCUCACAGCGGCGGUGUGACCUCGUUGGCGUGUCAUCAUGAGGGAUCAUUGGUGAUGUCAGGAUCUGUUGAUGGUACAGCUAAAAUACUUAAUCCAAACAAUGGAAAGGUGAUAGCAACAUUUUCAGUGGGAGAUUCAAAUAGUGAUGACUCAAACUCUGUAGAAGCUGUUGGUUUCUGUAAUAGUUUACCAUUAGCUGCUGUGGGAUCCUUGAAUGGUUUUCUGACGAUAUGGGAUAUAUCAACGCAGAAACUCCGAAAUCAAUGUAAGCACGAGGCAGGAAUAGUGCGUCUACAGUGGGAUUUAUCUUCACCUAUGGUGUACACAAGUUGUCUGGAUGGUAGUGUACGACUCUGGGAUGGUAGAUCUGGGCAGCUUCUAACCCUAUGGUCUGGACAUGUUGCAGAGAUACUAGAUAUGACAUUAACAAGGGAUGGCAACUCACUGGUGACAGCAUCUGGUGACAGCACAGCCCGAGUCUUUACAGUGAACAAACCCGACAGGUGAAAAAGAAGAAGAAGAACUGUAAAAAAUGUUUAUUCUUGUUUUUUAAACUGAAGAAUUGCUGUAAUAAUUGCACUUUAAAGAAAAUAAUGUCUGUAAAUUGUACCUUGUUGUCGGUUUGAUAGUAGAAACAUGGAUGAAAACAAUUUGGAAUGAGGAAUACAUAAAAUAGGAGUUGAA